UCAUGAAUCCCCGGACCUCCGCAUUACGGCCGGCGAUCCUUUCUUCUUCCAGCCGGCUAGGCCAUGCGUGUCUCGCACCACUCACCGCCGCACCCGGUCCGCUUGUGACGCCACGGCGAUGAAGCCAAGUUCAUGUCGCCGACGAGAUGCAGCUUCGGGAGCUAGGCAAUGGUCCUCUAUAAAUGUAGCCCGUAUCCCGAGACCGGUUCUCCGCCUCCUAACCCGGUUGCAGUCCAGUCAUUGAGGGCAAUUCGGUGUGACUGCUGGACAUCAUGUAUCGCAUUUCAAAUAUCUACGUCCUGGCCUCCUUCGGCACCAUUGGUGGUGCCUUGUUCGGCUUCGAUGUCAGUUCCAUGAGUGCCUGGAUUGGCACUGACCAGUACCUGGAGUACUUUCAUUCUCCCGACUCCGACUUGCAAGGUGGCAUUACCGCGUCCAUGUCGGCUGGCUCCUUUGCGGGUGCUCUUGCUGCCGGUUUCCUAUCGGACCGCAUCGGACGUCGUUACUCUCUCAUGAUCGCGUGUUGUAUCUGGGUCAUUGGCGCUGCCGUUCAAUGUAGCGCCCAGAAUGUAGCUCAUCUGGUGGCUGGGCGAGUGAUCAGCGGUCUUGCUGUCGGUAUCACCUCUUCCCAGGUCUGCGUCUAUCUAGCCGAAUUGGCGCCUGCCCGUAUCCGCGGUCGUAUCGUCGGUAUCCAACAGUGGGCUAUUGAAUGGGGUAUGCUCAUCAUGUAUCUCAUUUCCUACGGAUGUGGAAAGGGACUGGCGGGAGCUGCUUCCUUCCGUGUUUCAUGGGGUGUCCAGGGUAUCCCAGCGUUGAUCCUGCUUGCUGCGCUACAGUUCUUCCCCGAAUCCCCGCGUUGGUUGGCAAGUAAGGAGCGCUGGGAGGAGGCUCUUGACGUUUUGGCCAUGCUUCAUGCCAAGGGUGACCGCAACGACCCUGUGGUUCAGGUGGAAUUUGAAGAGGUUCAGGAAGCAGCACGGAUCGCCCAGGAGGCCAAGGAUGUUACAUUCCUCUCAUUGUUCGGGCCCAAAAUGUGGCAGCGAACCCUGUGCGGUGUCAGCGCCCAAGUCUGGCAACAGUUGCUGGGAGGCAAUGUCGCCAUGUACUACGUCGUGUACAUCUUUAACAUGGCUGGAAUGUCUGGAAACACCACCCUAUAUUCAUCGGCUAUUCAAUAUGUGAUCUUCCUGGUCACCACUGGGGCCAUCCUGCCUUUUGUUGAUCGCAUCGGUCGGCGGGUUUUGCUCCUUACUGGAUCAGUUCUCUGUAUGGCCUGCCACUUUACUAUUGCGGCCCUCAUGGCCACACGAGGCCACCACGUUGACUCGGUCGAUGGUAAUGCAAACCUGAAGUGGUCAAUCACUGGCCCACCAGGCAAGGGUGUCAUCGCCGUCUCGUACAUUUUCGUCGCUGUGUACGGUUUCACCUGGGCCCCUGUGGCGUGGGUUUACGCAUCGGAAGUCUACCCCCUGAAGUAUCGUGCCAAGGGUGUUGGUCUGUCAGCCGCCGGGAACUGGAUCUUCAACUUUGCGUUGGCAUACUUCGUCGCACCAGCCUUUACCAACAUCCAGUGGAAGACCUACAUUAUCUUCGGGGUAUUCUGCACCGUUAUGACUUUCCAUGUCUUCUUCUUCUACCCGGAGACGGCUCGCCGGUCGCUCGAGGAUAUUGACAUGAUGUUCGAGACCAAGCUGAGGCCCUGGAGGACUAACCAGAUUCCUGAUCGUUUCGGGGAGGAGCUUGAGCGACAUCGGCAAAAGAGCAUCAAUGAGCCUGAAAAGGUGAUUGUGUCGACACAUGAUGAGAUGGCGUGAUGAACUGCAUUGCUUUGAUGGGUCAGCGUUGAUAUGUACUAAGCGAGAAUGACUGUAAAACC